UGUUUGGAAUUAAACCUAAAUUUUAGUUUGCUUCGCGAAUGUCACUAAUAUGUUUCAGAAAACGUUUGAAGCAGGAUUUACCUUAAAUAUUGUGCUACGGACGUAGAGGAAUAUCAAUUACUCAUAUACUCUAGCAGACGAUACACGGCGAAACAAUCUAAGGCAAUUACAUCGUCUGUGUGCCUUUUAGAAUCAAAUACAAAAUUCUAGCUACAUAUGCACAUUUCUAAAAAUGUGUAGAAAAUUCCUCCUUCAAGUUGUUUUAAUCGGACUUUUUAUAAUCGGUGGCUGUAAUGGUUACCCGGACAUGCCUGAGGAGCGGUUGUUGGAUGCGCUGUUUCAGAAAUACAACAAGAAUGCACGACCAGCCACGGUCCUCAUGCCUGUAGUGACCGUUGACCACGGCAUGGAUCUUAUCCGUAUUAACAGCUUUAAAGAUAACACACUGAGGACGGACGUAUGGGAGAGGAUGACGUGGCAUGACCCUCGUCUGGUGUGGAACCCAAGCAACUACUUUGGUCUGACGUCAUUAAGCAUUACACCGGAUAUGGUCUGGACGCCGGAUGUGACGUUAUAUAACGGUGUGGGUGAAAUUCAGAAAGCUGAUCUUUUCCGGAGAAUCACUGUCAACAGCAACGGAAUGUUACUCUGGCUUUUUCCCGCGCAACUUGAGAGUGCAUGCGUUUACAAAAAGAAAAACGGCAAAUAUGAUUGUCGCUUGAAAUUUGCUUCCUGGACCUACAACGGUCUUCAGUUAAAUUUAACCCACACAGACAGACAGCUGGGCAUGUCAAACUUCUACCCGAACCCGGACUAUGAAAUCAUGGGUACAAACUCCACGCUUAACUUGAUGAGGUACGCAUGUUGUCCAGAACCGUACCCAGACGUGUCCUACCAGGUGUCGUUCAAGGGAGUCGGGAAGGGAUAGACCAAGAUAGAGGGUUAAACAAAACCUUUCUUAAAUGAUUUUAGACCGAUAUAUACCAAUAAAGUUAUAAUGUAACAAUGCA